UCAAUUUCUCGAAUUAUUUCGGUGAAUAAUCUCUCUCUCUCUCUCUCUCUCUCCUCUCUGUUUCUUACUUUCUUGACUCAUUCUCUGUUAGGGUUUAGGGUUUUAAGUAUCUCCAAGAACUCUGGAUUUACGCUAACAGAAUCCGAUUCAUCAAAAUCGCAUCUGGACAUGCGUGAUAUCCUCUAAGAUCACCGAAUCACUCAAUUUCGAUAAAUCUUCCCCGUAAAAAUCGUUCCUUUUUGGUAUAUGAUUGGACCCACUUAGGCUUUGGAAUCACAGAACAAAGGUGAAGAAGGGCUUUAUGGAUACCUCUGCCAAUCAACAACCGGAAGACGUUAGAGUUGAUAUCUUGGAGUGUGGGAAUCUGACUGAUGAGUCUCAAGAGGGAGAAGAUGGGUUGUGCCAAUCCUCUUCGAGCUCUUUUGGUGAUUCACUGUGUGCUCGUGACGACGAUGACGAUGAUGAUGAUGAUAAUGGUUUUGAAGCCGAGUCUAUGUUAAACAAAGACUAUCCAUUACCAGACACUUUUGGUGAUGGGAGUGAGUUGUUGGGUCUGAGGAAGAAGAAGCUGACGGAUGAGUGGAGGAAGUUUUGUCAGCCGUUGAUGUGGAGGUGUAAGUGGUUAGAGCUCAAGGCUAAGGAGAUUGAGUGUCAAGCAAGAGGGUAUGACAGAGAAGUUAGAAGUUACUACCAGAGUAAACAGUUUGAUUUGGAGAAGUCGAAACUGGAAGGCUUUGAUGGGAAAUCGAAAUCUUUUGGUGAUCAUACUCAGAGGAUGAGUGUUUACAAGAGAGGAAGAAGGAGACAUGUUGAAGAGACAACAGAUGUUGCUGCUUAUAUCUCCAACCAUAACGUUUUCUCUUAUUCAGAAAAGCGGAAGCCAACAACUCUCAAAGCUCAGUGUCCUGUUCCUGGACGGAAAGCUACAGGCAAGGAAGAAGAGGUUGAAGAAGAUGAUUGUUUUGUUUCUGAGUCAGAUUGUUCUGAUGAUAUACUAGGAAUGAUUCUGUGUCAGAUUGAUGAGGCUCAGGAUAAAGCAAAAAGAUUGAAGAAGCGUGUUGAUCAGCUGUUGUGUUGUGAGUCUCAGGAUGGUCAUACAUCAUUGAUACCUGCAGCAAUAGCUCCAUCUCGGAGAGACUUUAAUGUACAGAAUGUCAAGCAACUUGCUCUUGUGGAAGAAGAACCGUCGCUGCCUCAUAUUCAGAGAGAAGGGACUGUGCAAAUUGGAAGGCAACGAAUCUCUGCUGAUCAUACUGAAGAUUUGUUGAUACCUCAAGCUCCUCCUCCUUUUGAAAGCGAUGGGCAGUUUCUGUAUAACAUCUCUCCACUUCCAUAUGAGAGAUUAGGCUUUCCCACAAUCGAAGAUCUGCUGAUGGAUGGAUCAGAGAUGAAUGAUUAUGAAGCAGAACCGGAGCUUGAUAAUUGUUUCAUGAAGCUAAUGAAUGAGUUUGGAAAAGACACUAUGUCAGAUGAUGAUGAAGAAGAAGAAGAAGAAGAAGAAGAAGAUCCUACACCGGCCACUAAGAGGCAUAAAACCUCUCACUGAAAGCUCUCUCUCUGUGUACAGAGCCUUAUCCUCCUGCAUGAUCAGCAUAAAAGCUCCCUGAAAGUAGUAGUUAUAUUGGUAUAUUCUGUUCAUUCCCCUCUCUCUCUCACUCUAGUAACUCUUUGCAUUUGGCUUUUUAAGAACAAUGAGACCACAAUAGGUUUCAGAGUUUUGUGCAUAGUUAAAUGACUUAGAAUCUUAUCAUAUGAUAUUUUCUUUGUUCUUCUAUAUCAUGAGACCC